AGAUGAUGGAGGGUGACGAGGAAGAGGAGGAGGAAGCUGUGUUUAUCAAAGUAACCGUACAUUUACUCGUUUACAUUUACCUUUAUUGAGUAUUUGCAUAGCUCCACUAGACUACACCCCACAGGGAAAUAUUACUCUUUACUUCACUACAUUUGUCGCAACAAUAGUUUGAUUUGGUUAACACGUUAAUGCAUAUACUUUAAUACUUACAAGUACAUUUGCCCUUAAAACUUACAUAUUUUUUACUAAUUAAAUAUUGAAUGCGAGGUUUUUAUUUAUAAUGGCGUUUUCUUCCAACGAGCUGUUAAGUAAAAUAGUAGUAAAAUCAGUAGUAUAACGAAGCUUAAUAUCCUUCCACACAUGCACUGUAGCCUGCUGAUGAACAGCCCUGCUGAACAGAACAUAAUUUGUCGUGUGCAUACAUGUUCGUCAUGUGCCUCAUAGUCAAAUUUCAGAUGAUUGUCAGGUGUGGUGUUCCGAUGAAACGAAAACGAAAAUGACCGCGUUUAAAUAGCAGCUCCCUGAAACAGAGAGCUAAACCGACACAGAGAGGGAGAGACUACCGAGUCAGAGGGACAGCUGCUGGAAUAACAGCAGACAAGCAUCCUCCGCUCGGAAAGCGUCAGAUCAGUGGAAAUACUGAUGUCAAGUGGAUUUUAGACAAGAAAUCGUCAGUGUUGCCAACUUAAAUUUCAACGAGUGCCACAUGGAAAGACUGACUUUGAUAACAGGGAGAAGAGGCCCAGGUAAUGGCACCGAUACUGGCCAAAAUGCUAGUGGAGGAAGAGAGGGAAGGCAAGGAGGUGCACAAGGAGAUAGAGCAACAGAGGGCAGAAGAAGAGCACAAAGUCGUGGGGGUUGUCGAGAUGAAAGGGAGGAGACAGAUGGAGGAGGUGGAGGGAUGCGUGGGAGAGGCAGAGGAAUAGGAAACCUAGGAAGAGGGGGUGAAAGAGGUGCAGGAAGAUGGAGGGAUGGAGGAGGAGGAGGUGAAGGGGUGCGGGGGAGAGGAAGAGGAAGAGGAGCAGCAGGGCUGGGGGGCCAAAGAGAUGCAGGACGACAGAGAGGAGGAGGAAGGGGGAGGGGCGGAAAUGGAGGAGAAGGUGGGAUAAGAAGAGAUGGUGCAGCUGAAAGAGAAGGAGCAAGAAGGGGGUUGUUAGAAAUGGGUUUAAGGCGUGGAGGACAUAGUCUGGAUAGAAGAGGAGGGCGAGGGGGCGAGAGAAGAGAGGGUGUGGGAGACAGACAGGAGAGGUAUGGAGGGAGCAGAGCUGGGGCACCUCAGGGUCACGGACUGAGCUAUAAAACUCUGAACGAACUCUCUGAAAAAGAGCCGUCUGUGGUGGCCAUCACCCUGUCCUCUCACCCCGCCCUACAGCACGUCCUGAAUGGGACAGCAAUGGGGAAGGACCCCGUGGAGCUCCUCUGCCGGGUGCUGAGUAAAGCCUUCCAAUCACGGACAGACAGAAGCACCUUGCAGCACCUGGCUGGUGUCAUAAAAGAUUCAGGGUUCUUCCGCACCGGCCUGCCCCACUACCUGGCAGGCAUGGAGUCAGAGUUCAAUGCCGUCCGCAGGGCACAAUACCCACAACACCUGGAAAACAUCCUGGCUGUUGUGUCAGAGGUCCUCAGCAUGUUCCCUGCUAGCUCGGUCCAGGCGUGCAGUCUGCUGCUGACGCAGCUCCAAGCCUCCAUCAACAGCCUGAAAACAUCAGGAGUGGAAAUCCAGCCUCAGACGGAGGAGAGCGUGGAGAAUCUUCAGGGUCUGAUCAGGCACCUGAAGGAGAGAUCCAGGGAGGGCACCCUGCGCUCCGACAGGGACACUUACGCCCUCCUGCGAGCUGGCGGUGAUAACCCAGGUGAAGAAGAGCAGCAAGAUUUCAGGACCAUACCCAUCUACCCGACUCCUGAGGAGUUCCAUCAGGACCACAGGCCCUUCCUGAGACCCAACCUCACCUCUCAGCGCUACACAAACACCCACCUCUACCUUGACACGCACUUCCGACUGCUGAGAGAGGACUUUGUGCGGCCGCUCCGGGAGGGGAUCCAGCAGUUGCUUUGGAACCAAAUGGACGUGGGCAGGGGCGACAGUCCACUGAAGAAGAAGCGCUUUGACGAUAUCAGAGUGUAUUUUGACACACGGCUGGUGGUGCCCAAGUGCACGCACACUGGUCUCGCCUACGUAGUCCAGUUCGACAUUCAGCCACUUCAGUUUGUGCGUUGGCAGAACUCCAAGAGGCUGAUCUACGGCUCCCUGGUCUGCCUGUCUUGUGAUAAUUUUGAGAGCUUCUUGUUUGCCACAGUGACAGAUCGUGAUCCCAAAGACCUGCAGAAGGGACAGGUUCAGAUUACCUUCACUGAAGAAAGCAGAUUCAAGUUGGCCGGAAUGCAGAAAGACCAGUUGUUCCUGAUGGUUGAGACCACUGCCUACUUUGAGGCCUAUCGGUACGUUCUGGACGGCCUAAAGGAGCAGGAGGAGGACAGCCUGCCCUUUCAGAGGUACAUUGUGGAGUGCGAGACAGAUGUGCAACCUCCAGAAUAUCUGCAAAGAACAGAUAUGUACGACCUGUCAUCCAUUGCUGACCCCGACUAUAUGGACAGGAUACAACCCUUUCACAGCCUGAAGGAAGAUGCCUGGCCGAGAAUGGAGGAGCUGGGGCUGGAUGAGUCGCAGAUGAGAGCCUUCCAGCUGGCCCUCACGAAGGAACUGGCCAUCAUACAGGGACCUCCUGGCACUGGAAAAACCUACGUUGGCCUUAAGAUCGCUCAGGCUCUGUUGACCAAUCAGGAUCUUUGGAGAGAUAGAAUUGGCUCAGCUCCGAUGCUGGUAGUGUGUUACACUAACCAUGCCCUGGAUCAGUUCCUUGAGGGUAUUCAUACAUUUCUGCAAGAGGGCAUAGUGAGAGUAGGAGGCCGCAGCAACAGCGAGAUCCUGAAGCGUUUCAAUCUGAGGGAGCUGACCCACUCACCCAACUUCAGAAAUUCGCUGCCGCGUCACCUGCGCUGUGCAUAUAAUGAGAUUCACAAGCAGCUGUGUCAGGAGGAGAGGGGGAUCCAGAGCCAGAGUAUGAAGCUGGAGUGUUCUCUGAAAGGUGUCCUGCGUGAAUGCUUCUUGCAGAAGUUCAUAUCACGCAGACACUGGGACGCUCUGCACCAACCACCCACACACGAUGAGUUCAUGAUUUGGAAUGAGAGGAAGCCCAGCCUGAUAAUGGAGUGGUUGGGUUUGGGUUCCACUGCCUUCCUGCAGAGGGAGACAGAGAAUGCCACUGGAAAUGAAGACACAGCAGCAGCGGAAGCGAUGGAGCUGGAAGAAGAGGACCUCAUUGAAAUCGCAGAGGAAGCAGAUCUGAUCCAGGCAGAGCGGAUUAUUGACGACAACCUUGGUCACAGAGUUGGAAAAAAUGACAGAAAGAAGGGAGACACAGAGGAGGCUCUCAGACAAGUAGAGCAACUGAUGCUGGCCAUGAACCUGGAUAAAGCUGAGAUACAGGCUCAGCAGAGCGAGGAAGGAUGGGAGAUGCAACGGGACCAGAAGAGAAAAAUGAAGAGCAAAAUCAGGAAAGAGCUGGGGAAGAGCUCGGCUAUGACAGAACAAGAGGAAAAUGCCGUCUUGGAUAUUUGGACCCUUAGCCUGCCGGACAGAUGGAGACUCUAUCGGUUGUGGGUGGCACGCUACAGGGUAGAGCUUUGCACCAGAGUCCUAGAGUCUGAGCAGGCCUAUCAGAACGCAGUGGACAGAUUGGCUGAUGUGAAACGUCGUGAGAGCCUCUGUCUCCUCAAGGAAGCCACGGUUAUUGGCAUGACAACAACAGGGGCGGCCAAGUAUCGUAAAGUUCUGCAGGAAGUGCGCCCAAGUCUGGUGAUCGUAGAAGAGGCUGCAGAGGUUCUCGAGGCCCACACCAUCACCACACUGAGCCAAGCAUGCCAACACCUCAUCCUCAUCGGAGACCACCAGCAGCUGCGGCCCACUGCCACAGUGUAUGAACUCGCUAAGAACUUCCACCUGGAGAUGUCCAUGUUUGAGAGGCUGGUGAAGAUGGGGCUUCCUUUUGUCAGACUCAACUACCAGCAUCGUAUGAGGCCCGAAAUUGCCCGCCUUCUGACCCCACACAUCUACUCAGAGCUGGAAAACCACCCCUCUGUGUUGGACUAUGACAACAUCAAAGGCCUUAAUACCAAUUUAUUCUUCGUGGAGCACAAACACCCAGAAGAAGAGAUCAAAGAUGGAAGAAGCCAUCAGAACCGACACGAGGCGAUGUUUGUAGUCGCUCUUUGCCGCUAUCUUCUCUUUCAGGACUACAAACCAGAGCAAAUUACCAUCCUCACAACCUAUUCGGGCCAGCUCCACUGUCUGCGCAAACUUAUGCCUGCCAGCCAGUUCACAGGGGUCAAAGUGCACGUAGUGGACAAGUACCAGGGAGAAGAGAACGACAUUGUCUUGUUGUCUCUGGUCCGCAGCAACCUGCAAGGAAAAGUUGGCUUUCUGAACAUUCCCAAUCGUGUCUGUGUAGCCUUGUCACGUGCCAAGAAAGGUCUUUACUGUAUUGGCAACAGUGCAAUGCUGGGACAAGUCAACCUGUGGAGCAACAUCUUCUACACCUUGAGGGAGAAGGAGCAGGUCGGCAGUGCUCUGACCCUGUGCUGUCAGAAUCACCCAAAUAAACAGGUGAGAGCUUCUCGUGCUGAGGAUUUUAAUCAAGCCCCUGAGGGGGGCUGCACCCUGCCUUGCGACUUCCGUUUGGAUUGUGGCCACGUUUGCUCAAGUGUCUGCCACCCCUACGACCCUGAGCACAAAAAGUACAAGUGUCUCAAGAAGUGCCAGAAGAUUUUAUGCGGCCUGGGACACAAGUGCACACUAGAGUGUCACAAAGCAUGCCCAAAGAAAUGCCCAGUGAAAGUUGAAAAGAUCAUACCCCAGUGUCAGCACACACAGAUGGUUCCUUGCCACCAGGACCCAAAGACAUUUACAUGCCGGGAGCCUUGCCAGAAGCUGCUUCACUGUGGACAUCCAUGCGAUUCACUGUGUGGGGAACCAUGCACCAGUAAGUGCAAGGUGAAGGUAACCUUAAAACUAAGGUGCGGCCACAGCCAGCAAGAUGCUUGCUUUUACAAAACACAGACAGAGGAGCCCGAAUGUAGGACCCCCUGUGAGCAUCAGCUAAAAUGUGGCCAUACGUGUCGUGGUAACUGUGGCAAGUGUUAUCAGGGACGAUUCCAUUACGCAUGCUUUCACCAGUGUGAGCGUCUCCUGAUUUGCUCUCAUAAGUGCAGGGAGCCUUGCACUCGCAAUUGUCCCCCCUGUCAGAGACCAUGUGAGAAUUGCUGCGUCCACAGCAAGUGCAUGAAACCGUGUGGACAGCCCUGUGCUCCGUGCGUCGAGCCCUGCACAUGGCAAUGCCCCCACCAAAGCUGCAGUAAACUCUGCCAUGAGCCAUGCGAUCGUCCGCCAUGCAACCAACCCUGUGCCAAGACCUUGGACUGCGGCCACCCCUGCAUAGGUCUGUGUGGAGACAAAUGUCCAAGCAAAUGUCGCGUCUGCAAUCACGAUGAGGUCACAGAGAUUUUGUUCGGCACUGAGGAUGAGCCAGAGGCUUACUUCAUUCAGCUGGAGGACUGUGGACACAUCAUUGAAUGCACGGCCAUGGACAAAUACAUGGAGAUGGAUGAGGUGGCCAUAAAACUGAAGGAGUGUCCAAAGUGUAAAACUCCAAUACGCAAAAACCUACGCUAUGGAUCUCACAUCAACGCCAGUCUGGCUGAGAUAGAGAUGGUGAAGAUGAAGAUAAAUGAGCAUCAGGGAGAUAUUGAAGAGUACAGGAAGACCCUUCAAAUUCAGUGGAAGGACAACCUUCUUACCGAUGGCUUGGGUCAGCAAAUGGAAUAUAUGCGCAUCAAUGACCGACUGGAAAAAACUUAUCUCACAGCAAAUGAUCUGUGGGUUGUGGAAAACAAGAUGGAUUUCCUAGUAAGAGUUGCAAAGCUAAGAAAGGUUCAAAGGGAGAACAUGCUACUCAGGCGAAGACUCCCGUUAGAAAAGCUUGCCCAGCAGUUUGAGCACUGGCUCAACAACAUCCACCAAAAAUUCACAGACCAGCAGGUCUUUGAUUUGCAGAGAGAGCUACAGAGACUCACCCUCCUGACUAAGCUCAACGUCUGUUGCCAUAUGGCAGACAAGAGAGGACAAAGUGCCAAAAUUCAGUCCGAGGUACAAACAAUAAAGGAGGUUUUGGAAAAGUGUGGCCAAUUCACAGAGCAAGAUGAACGCAGAGUGACAGAAGCCAUGAAGGAGCUAGACAGCAAGCUUCCACCCACAGGCUUGGGCAUCAGUGAGGAGGAGAGAAAGAUGAUCGUCUCUGCGAUGAAAAUGCCACCUGGACACUGGUACAAAUGUCCCAAUGGCCAUGUCUAUCUCAUAGAUAGAUGCGGAGGGGCCAUGGUAAGUCGACGCUGCCCAGAUUGUGAUGCUGUUAUUGGUGGCGCAAAUCACAGACUGGAAAGUGGCAACCAAGUCGCCUCUGAGAUGGAUGGGUCACAGCACCCUGCUUGGUCUGAAGCCAACAACCAUCAAAACUUUGGUCACUAUGACUUCUAAAAGCCGUCUGAGAGAAGUCUGCCGUUGUCCUGUCUGUCCCAGCUGUUGAUUUUUAUUGUUGUGACCACUUUAAUUCACGCUGGACUAGCAGGAAUCUCUGCAAAAGUAACAGAAUAAUAAGCAGAGCACUCUGCUUGUGCCCGUAAUCUCCUUGCAUGAAAUUGACCUUUGCUGAAAAUACAGACUUUAACAGCAUCAGCAAUAAUCUGCAACACUUUUAUAUCAACAAAUAUCCACUUUUCCUUUAUGAGUUGAUGCUGUAUCUUUUCUGGAGUUUUAACAUUUGUUGCAGUAGACGUGGUAGUGUUCUGGUUUUUAUUCAUGUAUUUUUUUUUAAAAAAAAAAGCUUUGUUGCAAAAAAUAUGUACCGAAGAGCUAUAACAAGCCACAGAACGAGUGAUGGAUCAUCAUUUUUACUCUUUCCUGUAAUUCAUUACAUGUUCAAGCUUCUGUGAGUGACUGUGAGUAACAGUUGUGCUGCACCUUAACAACAGGUGGCAGUAAAACACUGUAAAAUAAAAUACAGAGAGACGACGUGAUAGUUGCCAUGCUUGCAGCUUGCUUUAAUUGAAUAAACCACA